GGCGAGGAAAAUGCCAGCGAAGAGCGGAGGAGUGAUGAUAAUACGUGGGUCAAUUUCGAGACCGACUUUGACGAGGACGAGAUGAUGCAGAAUGAUGAUGCGGGAGCGGUCGCGGUUGCGACCGAGGAGCCGCUGGACGACUUCCAGAAGCUGAUGAAACAGCUGGAACAGAUGAAGGCAAAGCCUCUGUUUACGAAGGAGGAAGAGCAGGAGGUGAAGGAGGACGAUCAGCUGUUUGACGACGAUGAUUACGAGGACGUCGACUCGUUAAGCAGACAACAGCAACAGCGGGAUGAGGAAAGCAAGCGGAAGCUUUUCGACGACGAUGAUGACGACUAUUACGAUGAUUACAGCGAUGAGGAGGUGGACAGUAAAAAUAAAGUGGAGGCAAAGUCGUCCACGGACAGUAAGAAUGUGAUGCAGGAUUUCAUCAAGGGAAAGACGGCGUCACAUCGGUUCAAAUCGCGCUUUGACGACUUUGCGGACGACGGCGAUGAGUUACUGUCGUCUGGCAAUCGCAAGCUGCGCAAGAACGACUCGAUCAAGGUGAUCUCCACCCCGAACGGGAAGGUAGGAAUUGUGUACAAAGUGGAACCGAAGGCGCCCGAAGACGACAAAGCGAAGAAGAGUAGCGAGAGUCAGAGCGGGACGCCCGAGGUUCAGCAGAAAAUUACGCCGGUCAUAACGGCCGACGGCAAGGUGGCUCUCCUGUACCGUGGUGCCUCGGAUAACAGCGAAACCUUCCGAAACAAGUACGAGCCCAUUACCAAUAAGGACAUUCUGACACAACUGAUCGACAAUAAUAGCAACAACAAGAGUACUUUUAGUAGCAGUAGCGGUAACGCUAACAACAGUAUUAAAAAUAUUACCACUUUGAAUAGUAUUUAUAGUAGUAAUUACGAUAGUUAUGAUAGUUUUAAUAGAAACAGCAACAAUGUGAUCAUAGACCCGGCAACGAUCGAAUCUGAUUCGGUCGAAGGCUCAAUAAACCAUAGACAGCUCGCGAACGGCGCAGAACCGCAAGCGACGCCAUCCGCCGAGGUGGUGAACCCAAGUACUUUUACUACUACUGCCACUACAACUACUACCACUAUUGUUGCUGCUACCAGCAUCACAACCACAACAACGACAACGGCGUGGGAAGACACGCACCCGGACGAGAACGAAGGGCUUCUGCAGGAACGCGGUGGGGAGAACACCCUCCUCAUCAAUCGUCCCCUGUCGGAAGUGUUAGGCAUUAAGAAAAACCUGUACCUAGAUACUAGCGUCAAGAUACCAAAUAUCGAAACUUCAACCCACAAAAUGCGGAUAACGAACAACAACAAUCUGCUGUCCUCACUGCUGCAGCAUCAACGGUACCAGCGAAGCUGCCAACAACACCGGCAACGCCAACAACCGCAUCAUCAGCAACUACGUGAGCAAAACUUCCGCAACAACGCCAACGUCGAGUAUGAAGAUCGCCUCUCCCUCGGUGACCGCGGUGGCUACAGUGUGAACGGGUUCAGCCGAUCUCGAUUUUACAUCAACCGACGAACCACGCCAGCACUCCCACCGCGAGUCAUCAAAGAAGAAAGCGACGAAGAGUGGGCCACCAACGGGGACGACAACUCCGUACCGGAGGUGAUCAACCUCGCCAUCAUCCCCGCGUUCGAGCACGAGAUCGACGAAAAGUACAUCCGAGCGCAGCACGGCGACGACCACCACCGGCGCCAUCGGCAUCACUACGCCAACGGGGGCCACCCGAAGACGGUGCACUGUGCGAUGCAGGCCAUGGUCUCGUGCGUCGUGCUCAGGACGUUCUUUGGCAUCGCGGGUGCGUUCUUCCGGACGAGGGUGCUCGACCGCGUGCUGAAUUGGUAAAAUUUGUCUGGUAUUCAAUCGACGGCGAGAUCGCGAUUGAAUACCAACCCUCACAACAACAGUGCCAGCUUAAACCUGGUGAGCUUAAUCCUAACCACGUAAGAUACAAACAGUGACUGUAUGUGUUGAAUGUCGUAGUUCACAGAUGGAACUAGAGAGAUUACGUGUGUCAAACAGACUGGACCCCCGUAGAUAUCAUCAUUCGUCGUCGCUGACGCAUUUCCCCUUCGAACGUUGAAUGUAUAAAUAACAAAUAAUACGAGAGUGUCUAACCAACAGUUUCCAGCCCCCCAAAACGACGACGAAACUUCUGCUUCUGUUAUUUCAUUGUCGAAAUCGGAACGAGAAACAAAAGUGGUUAUUUUAAUGGGAACGCAAUUGUUAUAUAGGUAGAAUUAACAAAAAAACUAAUUUAUUGGAGCAAAAACAACCAUACAAAAAAUCGUCACUUAUGUCAAUAGUUGUAACAUAUUUUUGUAAAUCUUACUUGCCACACAGAAAAAACAAACACACAAUUGGACGUUGCAUUUGACAAUUGUACACCGAAUCCAUAAUCAGAAACGAACAAAACUAUGAUUAAAAUGCUAAUGGGAAAACAAACAAAAAGGGUAGUCGCGGAAUCGUUAUUUUUUUGAAAACAAGUCAAUGAGAGUAGAAAUUGAACGAGCAUUUAUUUAACUGAUAGAAAGUAUGGAUAGAAAACUGUUUUUUAAAACACGCAAGGUGAAAUAGCAGAAACACAGGAACGUGUCGUUGCAAAAACAGCAAACAUUUCGGUAACGCGUCGAAAGAACGAACAAACAAAAAACUGUAAAUUUUGCCUUUUUAAACGAAUAACAUUUGAUAGAAACGAAAGAUCAUUCAAAGAUUAAUGCAAAUGAAGAGAAGAAAAAACGAAGGUGAACUAAAAUUAUCAUAUAAAUAUUUUUUAAAAGCGCUGAAAGUACGAGCAAGCAAGCAUAUAAAUUGGAAAGUAUAUUUUAUUAAACUGUGCGAAAUUGUAGCUAAAGAAGGAUCCUGUUGAUUAGUUUUGGCAGAGAGUAUUUAUUAUCACGAUAAUCCUGAUUUUAUUUCAUACACACCUAAGAAUCCCUAUACUCAAAUCUAAAACAAGAAAAAACAACAGUGGUGUCUCCUAAUGUAACCCGUAGACUAUGUGACGAACGUUACACAAACAAGCAUGGUAAACGAAGUUAGCAACUAAGCAAAACAAGGCAAACACUGUAUCUUUUAAUCGAAUAUACUCAGAUGUAUUUCUACCGACGUGCGUACACUCACACAAACACUCACACACACUAUUCAACAAACUUCACUAUUCUUGUAUCCUUUAUAAACCACAUCGCUCAUAAUCAUUUCCCUCCUCCUCCUAGCGCAAAACCAAACGCAAAUCAUAGAAACAAAAGUCAAGCAUGGAUCGAAUAUAAACUACAGAACAACAACACCGAAAACAGUACGGUCUAUCUGAAAGAAAGAAAGAAAUAAAUAAAAAAAAA